UCCCUUGAUUUAAACUUCAGCUGUAACAUACCUACAAACGAAUUCUAUUUUAUUUUAGUGUGGCAAUAACGCUUAUCUAUCAACUCAUUCUAAAAUCAGUGUUCACAAGAAGCAGUCUUUUAAAUUUCUAAAGUAAUUAUUUUCUAAAAUUUUAAUUUUAAAUUCAACUUUAGAAGUGUAUAAAAUGUGGGAUAAAAUUAUUUCUAGUUUCGUUAUUAUGGUUAUAGCGUUUGUUUUUAAAGAUAAAUUAUACAAACCGGCAAAAGUCGUUCAGUAUUAUUAUAAACAUUAUGUUAAUUUUUUCUUUAUGUUUUUCAAUUCAUUGAUUCUAAUGCCAUUAUUUAUGUGGAACGGAAAACACGUGAAAAACGCCCUCCUUAUGUCAGAGGUAUCGAAAUACGUAACAAAGUUGUUAAAUGUUACAUGGGAACUAAGAAACCCUGAGAUCGUUUCCGAAGACAGGGCGGCUGUCAUUAUAUUAAACCAUCAGUCUUCAUUAGAUCUACUAGGAUUGUGCAAUUUUUGGUACGCCUGGCAAAAAGUAUCAUGUGUUAUUAAGAAAGAAUUUAUAUAUUAUUUUCCAUUCGGAUUGGGAUUGUAUCUGAUGGAUGCGAUUUUCGUCGACAGGAGAAACCCUAAGGAUGCGCAUAGGAUUUUGCAGGAGAAAUCUAAAAGCAGACUUCAGGAGAAGAUAAAAAUAUUAAUCUUUCCCGAAGGAAGAAGAAGUAGCGAUUUCACGAAGUUACUCCCAUUUAAGAAAGGUGCCUUUAACAUUGCUGUAGGAGCUCAAGUUCCCAUCAUUCCGGUUGUGAUUUCGCGGUAUUAUUUCAUAAAUAACAAAAAGCAUAUUUUUAAUGGGGGCCAUGCAAUAGCGCAAUGUCUGGAACCAGUGUCGACGAAGGGAUUGACUAUGGAUGAUGUGCCGGACCUUAUAGAUAGGGUUCACAGUCAAAUGGAGAGAGUUUUCAAGGAAUUGUCAAACGAGGUAAUAAGCUCCUUACCUCCAGACUACUCGCUGGAAACACUGAACUGAAUAAUAACUGCACCAAAAAAAGUAAGCAAGGCUUUUUUUUCUCAUAUAAUAUAGAGAACAUUGUUAAAAUAGACAGUAUGUGAUUUGUUAACAAUCACUGUUAGAAAUAAAAGAUAUAAGUAAUUUA